AGAUUCCUUGGGAUUAUGACCCUCAUCCCCCAAACUGUAUAUAAACUAAACUUCUCUGGAUACCUGCUAAUAUCCUCCAUGCUCUCAGCUUGUCUGGACCCUAAUGGAAUGAAAUUUAGCCUUUUCCUCACAGGUGUUUUCUCCCGCGCUGUUAAUAACAAUGAUGACUUUGACCAGUUUGAUAAGCCUGGUGCAGAACGGUCCUGGAGAAGAAGAGCUGCAGAUGAAGACUGGGACAGUGAACUUGAAGAUGACUUACUUGGAGAAGAUUUGCUAUCUGGCAAAAAGAAUCAGUCAGAUUUGUCAGAUGAAGAGCUAAAUGAUGACCUUUUACAGAGUGAUAAUGAAGAUGAAGAAAAUUUCAGCUCUCAGGAUGUUACAAUCAGUCUCAAUACCACAUCUGGUAUGGUUACAUCAUUUGAGCUUUCUGACAACACUAAUGACCAAUCUGGAGAGCAGGAAUCUGAAUAUGAACAAGGAGAGGAAGAGCUAGCAUACCACAAAUCUGAUGGUCCGGAGUUGUAUACUCAGGAGUACCCCGAGGAAGGACAGUAUGAAGGCCAUGAUACAGAGUUGACAGAAGAUCAAAUAGAAUAUGGGGAAGAGCCAGAGGAGGAGCAGCUAUACAGUGAUGAAGUGUUGGACAUCGAAAUCAAUGAACCCUUAGAUGAAUUUACAGAUGAAGAAUACUUGCAGGCUUAUGGUGGGCAACAAGGGCUGCAAGAGCAGGAAGAAUGUGUUGCUGAAGAUGGAUUAGAUGGGAUUACUGGUUCCCAUGUUGCUCCCGAGACCGAAGAGGGAGGUAUGGAAACCUUAGAACUCCAGAAGGAUAUAAAAGAAGAAUCAGAUGAAGAAGAUGAUGAGGAUGAAGAAUCUGGACGAUUACGUUUCAAAACUGAAAGGAAAGAAGGAACAAUUAUUAGGCUGUCAGAUGUAACUAGAGAGAGAAGGAACAUUCCAGAAACUUUGGAGCUUUCAGCAGAAGCCAAAGCUGCACUGCUUGAAUUUGAAGAAAGAGAGCGACAGCACAAGCAGGGCCGCUAUGGAUCCCGGCGGGGAGGCAGGAGAGGCGGCUCUCUGAUGUGUCGUGGCAUGGGAGACCAGAGAAGAGAGAGUGGCGAGAGGGGGAGGAUGAAAGAUCACAGGCCCGCCCUGCUUCCCACGCAGCCUCCGGUUAUGACUCACUCUCCAAGGUUGAUCCCCCCUCCGCAACCACAGCCACCCCCUCCGCCUCCGCCACAGCAGCAGCCCAUCAGGAGCCUGUUCCAGCAGCAGCAGCACCCGCAGCCUCUGCUCCCACUGCAGCACCCGCACCACCCGUCCCCGCCCCAGGGUGUGCACAUGCCCCCCCAGAUGGAGGCCCCCCGAGUGAUGCUGACGCCGCCUCCUGUGACUCCGCAGCAGCCCAAGAACAUCCACAUCAACCCACACUUCAAGGGCACGGUGGUGACCCCUGUUCAAGUGCCCUUGCUGCCAGUUCCGAGCCAGCCGCGGCCCGCCGUGGGACCCCAGAGAUUCCCAGGUCCUCCGGAGUUUCCACAGCAUACACCUGGACCUGUUCCUAACAACUUUAGCCAGCCCCCACGACUUCCUCUUCAGGACCAGUGGAGAGCCCCACCCCCGCCGCAGGAUCGAGACCCGUUCUUCUUGGGAGUUUCAGGUGAACCGAGGUUCCCUAGUCAUCUCUUUCUGGAACAGCGCAGCCCCCCUCCACCUCCACCGCCUCCCACGCUUCUGAACAGCAGCCAUCCGGUUCCCACGCAGAGUCCCUUACCAUUCACGCAACCGGGACCAGCAUUUAAUCAGCAAGGACAGCAGCCGGUGUUCCCGAGAGAAAGGCCUGUGCGACCAGCCCUGCAGCCCCCAGGGCCAGUGGGGAUCCUGCACUUCAGCCAGCCGGGGUCUGCCACCACGCGGCCUUUCAUUCCUCCUAGACAGCCGUUUCUGCCUGGCCCAGGCCAGCCCUUCCUGCCCACGCACGCACAGCCCAACCUGCAGGGGCCUCUGCACCCUCCUCUGCCCCCACCUCAUCAGCCGCAGCCUCAGCCGCAGCAGCAGCCGCCGCAGCCCCAUCAGCACCAGCCGCAGCCCCAUCAGCACCAGCCCCCACUCCAGCCCCCACACCAGCCCCCACACCAGCCCCCUCCCCCGCACCAGCCUCCUCCCCCGCACCAGCCUCCUCCCCCACACCAGCACCACCACCAUCUCUCUGCGCCACCCCCCCCUCUGAUGCCUCUGUCCCAGCCACAGUUCCGGCCACACGUGCAAACAGCACAGCCACAGCCCAACAGUAGUCGGGUGCAGUGCCCCCCACGCCAGGGCCUGCGGCAUAAUGCAGCAUCUCAGAAUGUAACGAAACGGCCCAUGCAGCAGAUGCAGCCCACAGCUCCCAGGAAUAGCAAUUUGCGUGAAUUGCCCAUAGCACCAUCACACGUUAUAGAAAUAAGCAGCAGUCGCUGCUCCUCCACACCUUCGGCUCAAGUGAAGCCCAUCGUCAGCACAUCCCCGCCUGCAAGGGCUGUGGUGGCUUCCAGGAACUCACAGGGAAAGACUGACUUGAAAGUCAAGCCAGUCAGCCCUGCGGCUCAAUCUAAGGAAGACUCCAAAACAGAACCAGAGUUUCCUGAUGAAGAUGAAGAGACAAGAUUGUAUCGCUUAAAGAUAGAGGAGCAGAAACGCCUAAGGGAAGAGAUCCUGAAACAGAAGGAGCUCAGGAGGCAGCAGCAGGCUGGUGCUCGGAAGAAGGAGUUGUUGGAAAGACUUGCACAGCAGCAGCAGCAGCAGCAGCAACAGCAGCACCUCUAUGGCUCACAUGCCCCAGGGGAGCAAGAGGAGCAGGUGGCUGCCCCUUCCCCCACCAAUGGCAACCCCCUACUACCCUUCCCAGGUGCACAGGGCAGGCAGAAUGUGAAGACGAGACUUCUUGUGAAGAACCAAGAUGUCACUCUUCCAAGUGUUCAGCCCAAAACAUCAAACUUUGUCCCAUCUGGUGCUAAUGUGCAGUAUCCAGGACAGCAGACGAAACCACUGAAACAUUUGAGACAGACCAGAACAGUACCUCAGAGUCAAACACCACACCAGUUACUGCAGAUCAAACCUGCAGAUGUGGAGGAGCCCCCAUCCACCCCACAGGCAGCUCGUGUGCCGUCUCUGCAGGGCCGGGCCCAGGACAUAAAGCCUGGUGUGAAGAGGACAGUCAUGCACCGGGUCAACAGUGGAGGCAGUGGUGACGGGCCUCAUGUGAGCUCCAAGCUCAGAGUGAUUAAGUUGUCAGCAGGGCAGGGAGGAGAGAGCGACGGCUUUUUCCACCUCGAGGGCCAGCCCCAGCGGCUUCCUCAGCCUCCAGAAGUGAGACAGCAGCCUGCCCGCAAGGUGACGCUGACCAAGGGGGUCCCUCAGCAGGCCCAGCAUGCCCCCUUGGGAUCCCACGUGCAUUCGGCUGUUCCUCCAGGGAUCAAAAGCAUCCAAGGCAUUCACCAGGCCAAGAAGCCCAUCAUGCAUGGACGAGGCCGAGGAGUGGCGGGUCCCAUGGGCCGGGGGCGCCUGAUGCCCAACAAGCAGAACCUGCGCGUGGUGGAGUGCAAGCCGCAGCCCUGUGUGGUGUCUGUGGAGGGGCUGUCCUCGUCCACCACUGACGUCCAACUGAAGAGCCUGCUGAUGUCUGUGGGACCCAUCCAGAGCCUGCAGAUGCUUCCCCAGCAGCGGAAGGCCAUCGCAAAGUUCAAGGAACCAGCUCAUGCACUGGCGUUUCAGCAGAAAUUCCACAGGCACAUGAUAGAUUUGUCCCACAUAAAUGUGGCCCUGAUCGUGGAGUGAAGUCUUACCGGGAGAGUCUCGGCUCAUCUGCAUACACGUGGAAUUUCUUCAAGGAAGCUGCCACUUAGGAAGACCGCAGGAGUGCAGCCUCUCGGUCUGCAGUGUAACUCUUGUCCGGGCGUCACUCGGCGCCGACGACUCCGCAGAGCUGGAUGACGGGACAUGGCGAGCGAGAUGGGUGUUGGGUUGCUUUGCAUUCCGUUGUCCUCAAGAACUCAGUUCUCGUUUCCCUUUGUUUCCAAGUGCUCACAAUGCAUGUAGACCCUGUUCUCCAUGAUCCUGCUGUCUGAUCGAUCACAGUGACUCAGUCAGGAGAGAACGUGACGUCCCAGGUUCUGAGUAUUUUUCAUAGCGAAGAAUAUUUGAUAAUGGUUGCACUUAUCUUCAGUGCAGGCUAGAAAGGAGUGUCUCAACUAAGCUUCACCAGAGUUGUCUCCUCAGCCUGCAAAGACUCUGGUGAAAACGUAGUUAAAAUUUGGCCGAUGAUCAAUUGACACGUGUGUAGCCUGAAAAGCCAGGUGUGAGUGGGUGGUUGGGAUGGUGCCAAUGGAAGUGGCCAUUCUGCUUCUUGAAGCUUUCUCCAAAGUGCCCGUUGCGCGUUCCUGGCUCCCGGGAGAAGUCCCACCUGUCCACGCUCUCCCAGACAGGCACAGCGCUGGCAGGUACAGGAUGCCUGCAGCCCCUGGGGGGGCCGGUUUCCUGCCCUGCAAGGUGAGGCACUGUUGAGGGGUGAUCGGACCUGCGUAGGUUUUCUUCUUUUUCAGUGCAGCCCCGGGUGGUGUGUUUGUCACUGACUCAGUGACACGCGCUAUCAUUGGUUUGAUUGCCUUUUUGCUUUGAAGGCCUUUGUGCAGGGGCUUCACGGUCCUUUAGGGGUCCGAGGGCUUGCUCUGGCUUGCCAUUCUUCAUGCCUGUGCGGAAGGAUGGCUGUCUCACAGGGAUGUAGUCUGGUAGGUUCUGCGGGGAGACUCACUCUUCACAAAGGCUCUGUGGAAGUCCUUGCUGGGCGCACACUGGAAAGUGCCUUACUGUAUUUCCGCCCGGGAGUUUCACUGGUAGAGUAAGUCCAGGGUCGGUCUGAGCUGUUUGACCAGGCAUCCCAGGGCACACUCAGACUUUUUAGCUGUAUGUCACACCCGUGAUUUCAUGUCACGUUGUUAGUCGAGUUUGGGCAUAGAAGCCCAUUGUCACUACUUACUGCCUCUGGUUAAGCCAGUGAGGACCAGCUUGAACCUUAGUGCUCUCCGGAAUGCCCCAUGGGAGCUGAGAAGACAGGAGGCAGGAGGGGACUUGUAGCCUCUGGUUUGCACAGCUGCAGUUUUAGAUUCCGUUUUCAGAUUAAGUUGCUAGUACUGAGGUAGAGAAGAGCGUCCGGCCCUGUCAGUGUUGUGUGGCACUGAUUGUGAGUUGACAUCACGUGCCUAGAAGGGACACCGAAAAGUGCAGGUGGUUGUGCGGGGUCUGGGGAACUGUGGCUCUCACAGGAUGUCCUAGCGGACCCUGCCCUGGGGUCUGCCUCUGUUCCAGAAGCCUCUGCCCAGCCUUGGCAGAGCUGUUACUGCACACUCACGUCCAGUUAGGUACAGGUGUGUCUAUACCGGUGACAGUGCGGCCUGCAUGGCCCAGUCCUCAGAGCUGCAUUGAAGCAAUGAGGUUGGCAUCCUGUAAGCGACAGUUCAGAGAGAUCCUGACCUCUUAGGACCUGCUGGAUCAUAGGAAACCUUAUUUUAUCGUCCAGGACUUAGGGUACAGUAAAAUGAGUUUUAACAGUUUUUUUUUUUUUUUUUCUCUCUCAAAUAGUCUGUGAUGCUUUUGAAACCCAGAUCCGCACCUCUCUCUAGAAGUUGGUAGGCAUUGAGACGUGGAAGUUAGUGUUGACAGAACAAAUCCUGUCGGGUGCCGUUGCUCAAGACAGGCUUCAGGCCUCUCCCAGGUCUGCUUUUGCCCUUGGCUGAGGAUGACUGGAAUUCCCAAGAGCAUGUGUGUGUCCGUUUGUGUAGCCAUCUGCACACUCUGACAGGUGUUCUCUUCCUGCAUCAGCAUAGGCAGAGGUGGCAGGGCCGUGCAUAGGGCUGGCUAGGGCAGUGGGGUGUAGGUGCAGACCAGCCUCUCAGUGUUCAUGCCCAGGAGCAGCUCAGCCCCGGGCAGGCCAGUGCUGCAGACGUAGUGUCCGUGGAGGAGCCACAGAAAAGGAAAGAAGCAGAAUUAGAAAUGUUACUUCAUUCUCAGGUGCACUUCCACUGGGGAAGUCAGACCCCGCAUGCACCUGAGCCCUGGGGAAGAUCUGCUGCAACCAUUAUCUUUGUUCUUUAUCAUGCAUUUAAGGUGAGGGGCAGGGCGCUAGCACACUGUGUACAUACGGACCUUUGAAAAUGACACGUUACUGGAAAUGCUAUCUACGCGACAACAUCUUAGCUAUUUGUUAGUUCCUCUGUGUUGUCUUAUCAAAGUUUAAUGGAGACACUUCCGUAAUUGUUUAUGUGUUUGUGUGUACAUUCGAUUUUUAUAAAGAUGGUAGUAAGUCAAUUCAUUUAUCCUCAUCUGUGUAUUAUUUGUUCACAAAUUCAAGAAACAUAAAGGCAGUAAAUGCUAGUAGAUCUCAGGAGGUGAAUGAGCAGGUGAUUAUAUGUAGUCAAGUAACUUCUCUUCUUUUUGCAUUGUUUAUUUUGUCUGUAAUGUAAGUUCACCCAGCUGCUGACCUGAACAUAGCUUUGCAUUACCCUUGGCCUGGCCACAUUUGUUAAAUCCUAUACUGAUAGUCUUCUCGAGAGCAAAUCUCAUCUUCUCUUUCUAAAAGAAAUGUGGCGAUUGCCUGGUGUCCUGGAUAGGCAGCUUCCUGUGUAGGCCCUGCGCCCACACUGCAGCCUCACCAAAGGAGAGCGGGUGGGUGGUUGUGGGAGGUGCUUUAGCCGUCAGCAUCUUAGGUUCCUAACAUGCUGUGUAACAGUCCUCCAUGAGCGGCUGCUUGAGUUCCCGUCAGGAGUGUUGCUGAGUGGUGGCAGUGCAGGUCCUGUGCCCAGCUUUCUGCCCGGUGCUGCAGACAGAGGCUCUGCUGCUCAGGGAGGCUGCUGUGGAGCCGUUGGGGAGGGCAGGAAGAGAGUCAGGGAUAGUGGCCAGGAGAGGGGCUCCUUCCACAGGAACAGGUGACAGGUUAGGUGAAGGGGCCUUUCUUCAAGGACUGGGGUUAAGAGCCUGUCCCAUUUUUCUUUUGGCUUUUGUGUUUUUUUCAUUUGUUUUUGCCUUUUAUUCCUCUCUGGUUUUACCGGGAAGGUAAAUUCAGCCCGUCUGUUGCACAGAUACUAGUGAGUCUGGCCCAGUGACUUGAUUCUGCAAGCCCGUGGAGGUCUGUGCAGCAGCGGGCUGCUGCUCGUGGUCGUCCGUGAGCUCUCUGUGGUGGUCCUGUCUGUCCCCUUGCUGGGGUCAAGAAGUACUGCAGGAUGGCUCUGGGCUUCACUGUAUGGCCGUUGCCCUUUGUAGGAGUCCCUGUUUAAUUUCCUCACUUUCUAGCUGUAGGGCUCGUCCUUCACACGGGCACUGUUAGACACGUCAGUCCGAAUCUCCUUCAGGAACCUGCAGCUGUUCCCUGCCUUGUCUACCUGGAGAGGGAGGUGGAGUGUGGGGAUGUCACUGGCUGGCGAGACUGCAGGAACUGUUCUGAAAGGGAAGGGCCCGGCGUGCAGGAGAGAAAGCACUGGGGUCUCUCGCCAUGAAGGAGCUGCAGGAGCUUAGGUCAGCUGUGGGGAACUUUCCAUGCUGUGUUUAGUGAGCAUCUCAGUUGAUGUUUUCAGCUGUUUUAAAUUCUGUAAAUAAAGUGUUACUUUGACUUCUCUAACUAUGAACUCUGCAAAGGCAUUUAGCCUUGAUUUAAUAUUAAAUCCUAAGGAUUUUGUGUAAGGUUUUUUUGCAACCUGUUUAGUUCUUAUCAUUGAAAAUGCCUAACUUCUUAGGUACAUGAGCCCGUGGUGUUGUGUACCAGAGAGAAAGCAAACCCACUGAUCCAUGUUGGAUCCCCAGGUAUGCCUCCUUCCGGUGGCGCACAGUCCCGCUCACUGUGGCCUGCCUCCUCCAGGGACUGUCCUACAUGCCUCCCGUCUUCCGCCGUGCUCUCUAGGACAUUUUUAAGCAAGAUGGGCUGGCAGAGCAGGCGCUCGCAGUGAGAGGCUUCUUAAGAACUUGAUUUUUCCUUUUUUUUUUUUUUCCGACAAACUAAAACAUAGAGGUCUUUGUGUUGGUGUUCUGCUUGGUUUCAUUUUACUAAUUUUAAGAGGUUUGAGAAAAAUGCAGGUCCUUUAGAAAGAAGUACUCUGUAGUUUUUAUUUGCCAUGUCCCACGUACUGGACAAGCAGACAGGCACUGGCUUAACCCCUACUCUUCGCCAGAUUAGUAUGCUCCAGAAAGGGGUCCUCUGGACUGUUUUUACACGAUUUUCUCCUAAACUAAUUUUUAUUUUAGGGUCUGAUAUAGUGGGAGCUGAUUUUAAAGGACUACUUGAAUUUUUUGCCUUCUAUGCUGUUUUCUUAGCAUAUGUAAUAUUUAAAAAUAACGUGUACACACACAGUGGUGCUGUCAGCUGAGGAACAGAAUAACCACCUGUUUUUAUAAUUCUGCUUUGCUUUUCACAGGCGUGGGAUCCAGAACGCUUUUCCUCUGUGAGGGUUUUAACUCCUAGGCUUUAAUUCCAUUUAAUUUGCAGGUGCAGCAGUGACAGAGCGCAGAAUCCGAUGUCUUUCCUUUUGGAGCUUGUUCUUGGCUUGUUGGCUGUGUCUGUUUUCCUCCGGCUGCUGCUGUUCUGUCUUGGGCUGCACCUCCCCAGGGAGCGGGAGCCCGAGCCCCGCCUGCCGCCUCUGCUCCUCUUUCCUGGCUGACCCCUCCCUUCUACACACCGGACGCGAGGUGCUGCUGCUGGCCCUGCUCCCCUCCUUCCCGCUCUCCUGGCCUCCUCCUCGCCCCUGUCCUGUCUUCAGCCCAACAUGCAGGGCUCCACUCCGGCCGAGCGGAAUGUGUUGAGUGUCUCUGCACCGUGUCCGUGACUUGCUUUCUCUAACCCUUUGCUUUGACAGGUCUCCGCUCAUGAUUUAUUCCUCCAGGUCUUUGAUUGGAGAGAAUAACUUUUUGAUUCUGUUAUUUUGCAGUUUGGCUCUCUGUAGGAGUGUGGGGCGACUCAAAGAUGCCAGCAUCCCGCAGCUGUGGUUGGCCGUGCAUUAACCACCCCUUCUCUGUUCUUGUCCCUCUGCCUUCGCAGGGCCUGGGGCGUGGGUCAGUGUAGUGGUGUAGUGCGCCUCUCAUUCCACUUGGAAGUGAUGGCCGUGUGGCCGUGUCACUGCCCUUGCUGACGGUGGCCCUCCUAACGCAGUGUGCGCCUUGCGCUGCGCCAGGUGCAACGUGGAGCUGCGUUUGUUGGGAGCACGCUGCCUGCAAACCAAGGGAUGGCUGACUUGCUCUUCUGGGUUUGAUCGGCUUCCUGUUUUCUGCCACUCACACUCCGUCUGCCUCUGUGGGAAUGAUGUUGCUGUGUUUUACCCCAUUUUCCCUGUGCGUUAACCCCUGUGGGGACUUUUCCAGGACUGUUUGUGAAGAAUAGUAGUGACAUAGGUGAAAAGACAAUGUAUUGUUGUGUGUAUCAUUUGUGUGAUUUCAUCCUGAAAGAUGUGUUGGCACUAUAUUGUAUCUUGCAAGGUGUGUUAAUAAAGUCUUGCAGUGUCCC